AUGCGGACGCUGUUCUUCCUGCCGGAGCCCAAGCCUUCUCUGGUCACCGGCGUGAUCCGCGGCGCGGCGCUCCGGGUGGGCUCCACCACCGCUCGCAGCAGCUCCGCCGGCCGCACGGGGAGGUUCGCCGCUCGCAGCAGCUCCUUUUUUGCGCCACACCAUGAAGGGAGCAGGGGCGCGCGUGCCAUGGGGAACAGCAGGGGAGGGAGGGAGGGGGCGGAGGGCCGGCGGCGGCUGGCCAUCUCCGAGCCGCGUGCCGCCGUCCUCCGCACCUCCUCCGCGCCGCGUCCGAGGCGGCAGAGUAGCCAGCGCCGGCGCCGGCGCGGAGGAGUAAGGGCGCGGCCAGCGGAGCUCCGAGCGCCCCUCCGCGUGGCAAGGAGGCGCCGCCGGAGACCGUGCACGCCGCCCCGCGCAGGCCCCCGCAGCUUCACGUCCUCGCCACCGCGCGGGUGCUGGGCGCUGCUCCGCGCGUGGCCUGCAUGCUCGCCGUGGCCGGAGCACCCACCAUGCCCCGCGAGGAGGGAGGCGGGGGUCCCGAGCUCGAGGUCGCCGCCGCAAGGGAGGGAUGAGGGGCGCCAACGAGGAAGGGGAAGGGAGGCGUGGCGAGAGCGGGGAGGGAGGAGGAUGGCCGUCCAAGAUCCCACCACGGGGAGAUGGCCGCCGCGCGCCGUGCCUCCGGCCGCGUCCGAGGGGGCCUCGCCGGAGGAAUGA